CAUUACACCUUUAAAUCCUGAAGGUGACUACCUUGCCAUACUAUCUGUCCAGAUGGAACCAUUGUGAUUGCUGCCCCCGAUAAAGAUCAGACCAAGCAUGACGUUUUCUUGGCCUCCCUACCUACCUUAUUGAGGUUCUCAAAUUGGUAAUGGAGAAUGAAAGCGUCAGUGAGGAAGGUGCUGAAGAUUGUCGGUUUCGGCGAUGUCCCUUGCAGGCGGCAGCUCUAUUUUUAGUAAGAAGCAACACAACCACAGACAUUGGGUAGCUUCAUCUUCUUAGGUUCUUCUAAAACCCUUUCUUCAACAGAUUUUUCAUAUUCUCUUAUACAGAAUAUGAAAAAGCUGGUAUCUUUUUCAUGUUCAGAAUGCAGUGUUGUCUUGAUCUUCAUGUUUAUCUCUGUGUAUUCAAGUAUUGUACAGACAGAAGGAUUUGAGUCUUUCCUACAGCUCCCGAAUAAUGGGUCAUGGAGAACCCGAUCCAGAUACAAAAGGGUCCUCUUUGUUGGUGAUUUUGGUGCCAGAGGAGAUGGUCUCAGCGAUGACACGGAGGUACUAGAUUGUGGCUCCUGCCGUUGUGGUUCAUUGCUUGAGGCCUUUUCUUUUUUCUUUCAUAUUCCAGUUAAAGGAAUGAGUAAUUGUUUAGUGAACGCGUAUUAUUUUUUGUUUAAUAAUGUGAGUAUGCCUUUGAAUUUUUAGAAUCUGUUUCUGGAAAACUGUUUAGUUGAUGAAUUAUGCAAAUCUUAGAUAUUCAGGCACAUAUUGUAAAGCUUAAGGGAAUUGAUGUAAAUGCAAUCUACUAAGAAUAAGACUUUGGAAAGUUG